AUGAAAGAUUAAUUGCUUGCCCACAGCCAGAAUCGAACUGACGACCUCACCAAGAUUGAUCAACGAAUGAAGGUAGUAGCAGAGUUGUUCAUCAAUCGGGGGAGUUAGUCGUACGGCAUCUGAGUCUAGGAAAGCUAUCUACUUGGCAUACAACCUGACAAAUUGCGGCACUGGAAAAACCUAGGACAUGGCCCACGUUGCAUGGUGCUCGCCAACUCGGAGCAGGCUAGCCGAUGCGGUGACUCAUACAACGGGAAGACGAAGGUUCGGUUAGAAAUAAGAACUGAGGUUUAUUUUUACUCCCUUGGUAGCUCUCUCUUCUCGCAGCAUCCCAUACGCUGGGCCACUCCACAAACCACCCCAUUGACAUUCAUUCCAUCAAAUACUCGAUGAGAAUCUAUCCGUCACCACCACCACCCAAGCUUGCCGGGUACAUUUAGCCCAGCAUGGACGAGAGUCUCGCCGAAGCACGAUAUGCCCGUUUGAGGUGGAACGCUCCGCUCUCCGAAAGCCACGCCGACCAGCUGCUGGAAUGCCUGCAAUUAUCUUCCAUCACGAGUCUCGUCGAUCUGGGCUGUGGCUGGGGGGAGCUGCUACUUCGCGCCAUCUCACGCACCGAUAUGGAUGGGCCGGUCACCGGCGUAGACAUCGAUGUCGCCGUGCUACAGCGGGCAAGGAGGGCGGCCGAGCAGCGGGGGUUGAAAGUCUCGUUUAUCGAGCAGCCGGCAGGAGAGUGGCGGGAGACGCGAAGCCGCGCCAUAUGCAUCGGGUCGUCGCAUUCGCUCGGCGGGAGCAAGGCCAUGCUCGAGAGGCUGUCCGAAAUUGUUCCACGCGGCAGGGUGCUAGUCGGCGACAUGUGUUGGGAACGGCCGCCCACCGAUGCUGCGCGUGCCGUGUUCGGCGACGAAGUGCCCAUGCUCGCUGACCUCGCCGCUCUAUGCCGGGAGACGGGCUGGGAGGUGCUGCAUCUGAGCACGGCCGACCAGCGCGAGUGGGACGACUUCGAGUCUCGACAUCGAGCCGGACUUCGGGAGUGGUUGCUGUCGAAUCAUGACAGUCCGCAGGCGAUGGAAAUUCGGCAGCAGCAAAAUGCUCGCGAGCAGGAAUAUCUCACCGUCUAUCGCGGUGUGUUGAGCUUCGUGUAUCUGGUGCUGGGUCGGUAACAACUGUUCGCCGGUCAACAUUACGAGUGGAAAGCCAUCUGUAGAGGAUCGGAUCUAGAAUCUAGACGACCGGAGGAUUAGGCGCAAUCAUACCACAAAAGACAAUAGACUUCCCAUUUCGGGCAUGUUUCAUUACCGAAGACGGCGACCGUUAUGGCCUUUUGGUUCAUUUCCCUUUCAAACCGUCUCCCACAUAUAAGCCAUUUCUGUGGUUUACCUGGGCAUGUCAUGAUCUUCGUCUUCUACAUACCAG